UACGCCGUAAAAGUUAUCAGAAACUUUUGAUAGAAUUUAAAAAAAUAAAAAACGAUGCAUCAAUAGACGAUAUGAAAAAAAAGUUGACAAAUAUGCGUACUUGCUAUCGCCGGGAGCUCAAAAAAACGUUACAAAGUGAAUCAUCUGGUGCAGGAGUUGAUGAUUUAUACAUUUCACCUCUGUGGUAUUUCGAGGAGCUCGACUUUUUGCGAGACCUGGAAAUACCUGUCUGGUGUAACAUCCAUCAGUUCGGAUGAAGAGGAAGAAGCGUCCGUUCCCGUGCAAUCUUUGAAGAAAUUUAAAAAAGGGGCUACCGAAAGAACGGAGUUUCUAAAGAAUGCAACCGAGCAUUUGGAGACAUCCAAAAAACAAAUGGAUGAAGCGGAAAUUUAUGCAAAUGCAUGGGCUUGCAUGUACAGGCAAAUGAAACCGGAGCAGCAACGUUUUGCAAAGCAAGCAGUAGACGAAGUGAUGCUGUUGGGCCGAUUUGGAAAAUUAUGUUUCAAUUAUCUGCACAGUCCUUCAAGCUCACCAAAUUUAAGUAGUCCGCAUGUAUCACGAACCAGCUCGCCUUUUUUAAGUAAUGACUCCCCACUUUAUAUUUCAACAUCUUCUGUAAGUCCAACUGAAUCAACAUCACGCUUUUCACAUUUUACUUCUUUGCCAACUGGAAGCCCCAUACAAGCAACAACACAUUCGCAACGUUUAACUUCUGUGCCCAUACAAGCAACAUCACUUUCGCAACGUUUUACUCCUGCGCCAGCUAUAAGCCCCAUACAAGCUCCAUCACAUUCGCAACGUUUUACUUCUGUGACCAUACAAGCUCCAUCACAUUCGCCACGUUUUAUUUCUGUGCCAACUGGAAGUCCUGUAGAAUCAACAUCACAAACAAUUGAAAUAACUCCAGAGUUACAUUUUGCAGAUGAAAACGAAAGUCAAUACACAAGUGUUUUUGAUUUGUUGAAUGACUCCCAAUAUCAAUAAAUAAAAACAUAUUAAGAUAGAGUACAUACA